CUCAUUGGACGCUCGAAAUGGUAGUAGGACUCAUUUUUCCAGAAGGCGUUGCCGCCACUAGACGAGGUGUUGCUUCUGAUUAGGAAGGUAAUCGAUUCCACAUUUAGGAAACCCGCGCGGGAUUAUCAAGAAUCCUGAAUCACCCUUAAAUUUCUAAGGUUAUGCUUCAGGAUAAUUAAUCGCUGCAGAUUUGGGGGAAGAGAAAGGAAGAAAAAUGUCUGUUUCCUGUCAUUUAAAGGAAUUUUCAUGGAGCAAAUCAGAAGGAUCUUUGGUUGACUUGGAUGAUGGAAGUCUUACAAGAAAUGAUUGGACAGACAAUAAGGAAAAUGAAUUGCAUCUUAAAUCACACUGGACUGGAGAAUUUAAGCAAGAUACCCCUGGUGGGUUUAAAACAAAUCCGUUUUGGAAGGAAAUGUCAGCAUCUAAUCCAUUUUUAGAUGACAUAGCUCAAUCAUGCAACAAAGAAAAAAAUAAUACACGGGUAUCUAUCCUGAAAGAAGAUCCAGAUUUAUUUUUUAGAGAUUCCAAUGGUAGGGAUUCUGCUGCUUCAUCAGGAGAUGAAUUAAAUAUUGAAUAUUUCUUUUGUCGCAAACCUUCAAAAAGAUCUGCAAAAUCUAGGAGUGUUUCAGAUCUUUUAGAUAUUAUAGAUGUAAGAUGUGAAUUUUCUAAUACAGAACCAACCAAUUAUAUCCUACCUCCAGAAAGCGAAGCAUUUCAGAAUCAACGUGAGGCCUAUAAGGCAGCUUGGUUGAAUCAACGACAGUUGGCCCGAUCUUGCCUGGAUUUGAAUGUGAUAAAUCAGGGUCCUGGAUGGGCACAGACCCAAUCUAUAGAAACCCAUAUAUUCUGCAAAGUGAAUUAUGAAGGUGGUUCAGUGCAGCUUCCCAACUCAGAUAUUGCUGUUCAUUUCCCUGAAGGUCAUGUGGCACUUGGAGAAUUCCAAGAAGUUGGCCUGCAGGCAAUCCUUGAUUCUCCACCAUCACUUAAUGAUGACUUUUCAACCACCUUGACCCCUUUGAUUGAACUUACCUUGAGCAAUCUUAAUACUACUGAAGCUAUUUUACUAGAGAUGAAAACUGCAGCUGAAAUAAAAAAGGAUCCUUUUAGUCAGGUAAUGACUGAAAUUGUUUGUCUGUGUAGUUGCAAUAAGGAAGGGCCAUUUGAAAAAACACCCAAUUGUUACAUUUAUAAAGAUACUGUACAAGUGAAACUAACAGAUCUUAGUCACUUGAUGUAUAUUGUUGUUGUAGCUCAAACAAAUACAGUUAAUUCUCUUGUAAGUGUUUGGGAAUAUAUCCACAGAAAACUUUCAGUUGGGAUUUAUGGACCAAAACAUAUACAUCCGUCUUUCACUGUUGUGUUUGCUUUGUUUGAUCACAACUAUGUUCCUGAGAAACUAACAGUAUGUGAUAUUAAAAGGGGAGGAAAAAGCUUGCCUCCAGUUAUUUUCCAGUUAUGGGGGAAACACACAUUUGUACUGGAGAAACCACAAGACCUCAGCAUUUCUGUUGUCUCCUGUGAUCCAGAUUUUGAAGUGAAGAAAGAAGAACAAAGGAAAGAAAUCAAAGAAGAAAAAUUGAAAGGAGGUGGUGGAGUAAUUCACCGUCAUUUUCCAUUUUCUAUAAUCUGCAAUAGGAAAAUACAUAUUUUUGUCUUCCGUGUUCAAAUCAAAGUCCCAGAAAAUAACCUGGCAUGCCAGUUUUACAUUACAACACCUGAACCACCUCCUAAGUUAUUAAUAGGAAUAACUAACAAGCCAAACCGAAUUGAAAAACGCAAAGAAAUAAAAUCUGCACCAUUAUUAUUAUUGCCCACCAUAAAAUAUCCUACCUUUCAAGACAAGGUUUUAAAUAUUACCCGUUAUGGUACAACACUCAAAACAGUGUUACGUCAAAAUAAAAUUGACUAUUUACUAGAAUAUUUUAAAGGCGAUACAAUAGGAAUACUUGGAGAAGAUAAGGUCAAAGCCAUUGGACAAACAAAAAUUAAGGAAUGGUAUGUAGGAGUUCUUAGAAGAAAAGUUGGCCUUGUACAUUGCAAAAAUAUCAAAGUGAUAACUGAAAACCAAACUAUUGAUGUUGAGGAUAGUGAAAUCAUGACCAGUAGUCUCCUUGAACAAAUCGCAUUACCUUUUAAAAAAAUGACUUAUAUCUAUUCAACAAUCUUAUCCACAGUAUCAGAGAACUUAAAUGAUUGGAAAGCUUUGGCUGAUGCUCUUCAAUUUUCAGAUUUGUCCCGUUAUGAUUUAAAUGCAUUACAAAUUGAAAAAGAGUCUGAAAAAGUAGCGUAUAUUAUGAAGAAACUUAAAGAAAUUUGCCAUACUCAUAGAAGCACAAGACGAUUCCUAUAUGAACUCUCUGUGGCACUUUUAAAGCUAGACUGCCAAGGCUUAGUAGCCCGUAUUACUCAGGAUACAGUUAUUUUUACUGCAGCGGUAAAACUUGGGAAGAGCUGGAGAGAGUUGGCAGAAAAAUUAGCACGACUUACAAAACAACAAAUUGAUGCUUAUGAAACUCCCCAUCAUGGCAAAAAUGGAGAAGUUGCUCCAGAGAUGAUGUGGAAACCAGCUUAUGACUUUCUCUAUACCUGGAGUGCUCACUAUGGAGACAGCUACAGAGAUAUGUUGCAAGACCUGCAUUUAGCUUUGGACAAAAUGAAAAAUCCUGUGACCAAACAGUGGCGAGAAAUAACUGGAGCUCUGAUCCUGGUCAAUUGCAUGGAGGUUCUUAGGGCCAGUGCUUUCUCCAUGUUGGAUGAAGAAUGAAAUUCAUUCAAUUUAGAAAGAUAUUCUAUAACCUUCUUGGAAUAUUAAACAAGAACAUUUUCACAAGAAACAUUUAGAAUCUUUGUGAGAAGUAAUGUCUGUAAUGUAUUCCUUUAACUUGUAAAACAUUGAGUCAUUGAUUUUCAAACACCACUAAUUUUACCUCAUUUUUAUUUAAAGCUAUUUAGCUAGUAUAUAUUUAUCAAAAGAACACAAUUGCUGUAACUAUGAUUUGAACAGAAUUCUGAUAGAGUGCAGAAUACUAUAUUCAGGGAAAGAAAUGCAAUACUACUGUU